AUGUUUGAAGAAGGAUCGUCAUCAAAAGUUGAAGAAGGAACAUCAACAAUAGAUAUUGAAAUUAAUUUUGGAGAAGAUGUAUCAGAUUCUCAAUUUUGGGACAAUGAAGAAAUUCAACAAGCUCUUCAAAGAGAUAUUGAAAUUCAAACAGAGAAUGUUAAAAAAGAUAUGUCCAACACAAAAUGUGAUUAUUUUGAUAAUGAUGAAGACUUUUGGAACAAUCCAGAACUUUACAAAAUGGCUGAUUAUUCAAUUGAAGCAUUCAAAUCUAAAAAGAAAUUUCAGAAUAGUCCUGUGUUAUACUCUGAUAUUGAGAAUACUGAAAGUAAAGAUAGAUUCAUGGAAGAAAGUUUGAGCAAAAACCAUAUUGUUCUACAAGAAAUUAGCAGAAUGCCAAGUUUUAGCCUAGUUGUUAGUCAGGAAGAUAUAUCUGAUGAACAAUUGAAUGUUAAAUCUGAAAUAAAAGAAACAAUCAGUUUCAAACUUCCCGUUGUUGCAAAAUUGAAGAUAGAAGAAAUGGAGAAUCGCAUCAACCAUUCUUUAAGAUCACCAUACAGGUUGAUAGAGGUUGAAACACAUAAACAACUUACUUGUGAUGAAAAUAUUGUGUGUGAUUGGUUGUUUAGCUGCAAAGGAGAACCAAUUGAUGAAGUUAUAAAAACAAAAAGAGGUGAUACUACAAUUAGAGUAGCAAUGAAGAGUUUACUUCCAUCAUUUGAAAUAACUGUAGCUGUUCUUGAUUGUUGGUCUGAUCAUCUUAAUUAUGAUGAUAAUGCUCGGCAUGCUAAUUCACCAUCAAGAGUUUUUUGUAAAGUGACUACUACUGUUUUCUUCCAUGUUAUACGAAAGGAGAGUACUUUUCUAGUUGUAUUCAAUCUAAAUUCAACUGUUUACGAGAUUAUUGAUAAUGUUUCUGGAACUAUACAUGAAGUCGUUUAUGAUGAUCUUGCAGAAAAUCUUGAUAUUCAACGCUCAUCUGCUACAAAAUGUAGUUCUGAAUCUAUGAAACUACAUAUAACUGAUUUGCCAUGGAAGACAGUAAAAAAAACUAAUGAUAAAGGAAUUUUUGCAAUGCGUCAUAUGGAAACUUACAAAGGAAAAUUAUUAAGGAAGUGGAACACUGGUUUGUUAGAAGAAGGUCCUAAGCAAAAGACUGUACUUAACAAGCUUAGAUAUAAAUAUGCUGCAAAGAUGUUGUUGUCUGAUUUGAACAUACACCGUGACAAAAUUAUUCAUCUUGCAAAUGAAUACCAAAAAAAUAUCCGAUAUUGA